AUUAGGGUUGUAGGAAGCGGGUGUGUAAAGAAACUGGUCUGAGCGCGGAAUCUAAGACCGGUGUAAGGUGUGGAUGCAGACUCCCUAACUAUAGUGAAAAAUAUGAAAUUACGAGUCCGAAGUUUCCGAUGUCGACGUAUUUUUCACUUAAUUCUAGUUGUCAUAAUAAUCUUUGUCACAACAAGUUUACUUAAUAACUACUUGUUUGAAGAAAAGGUUCUUAAAUUACCUAGUGUGAUCCCAAAGCCACAGAUAAUCGGACCACCACCUAAAAUUCCAGAGUCUGACCAGGAUUCUCGUCAAAUCCAACCACCUGCACAAAUACCUAUAGAAACCGAUGUUUUAGAAAAGGCAACAAAGGUUCUUACUCAAACACUUCCUAUUUCUGAAAAGCUUCCGUCAAUUGCAGCUUUCAAUAAUGGAACACUUAUUUCCAAGGAAGAAAUUCAAGGUGGCUUUCCUGCAAAUGAGACAGUAGCUUCUAUACGAGAUAAGGUUCGAGAGAUGAUGAAGUUUGCUUGGAAUGGUUAUGCUACCUAUGCAUGGGGAAGUAAUGAAUUGAGACCGGUUUCAAAAACUGGUCACUUACCCUUUGUGCUUGGAAAUGAACCACUCGGAGCUUCCUUAAUCGAUAGUUUGGACACUUUGUACAUAAUGAAUUUGAACAAAGAAUUCAAUACAGCUGUAGAAUGGAUCGAAACGAAUCUGGAUUUUAAUAAAAACACUCAAGUAUCGGUGUUUGAAUUCAAUAUUAGGUAUAUUGGUGGCUUGCUGUCUGCCUACACAUUCAGUAGAAAACCUAUUUUAUUGACCAAGGCGGCUGAACUUGCUCAACGUUUAUUACCUGCAUUUGAUACACCUAGUGGAAUUCCAAUGAGUUUAAUCAAUUUGAAAACGGGAGAUAAACAGAAUUUUGUCUGGGCAAAUGGUCGAUGUUCAAUUCUAUCAGAGUUUGGUACAUUACAUAUGGAAUUUAAAUAUCUUUCUGAGUUAACUGGUAAUCCAGUCUACUCAGAAAAGGUUGAUGUUAUUCGUAAGGUUUUGGAAGAAGUGGACAGACCUAAUGGAUUAUUUUUUAAUUUUAUGGAUCCGAAUACAAAAUCAUGGUGUGGUAAAGAAGCUGGUCUCUCUGCAUUAGCUGAUUCAUUUUAUGAAUAUUUAUUAAAAGAAUGGAUUCGUACUGAUCAUAAAGAUGUGAAAGCUCUUGAAUUAUACAAUUCUAGUUUAGAAUCAUUCUUAAAAGUUGGCUUAUUUCAUAAAAGUCCUCAACAUAAUUUACUUUAUGUUGGCAAAUACAAAUAUGGCGCUAUUUCAAAUUCAAUGGAUCAUUUGGCUUGUUUUGUUGGCGGCAUGCUCUCUCUCAGUGCAUCAGAUAAAAAUGAUCCAUGGUUUCAACGUGGUGUUGAAAUUACUGAUACUUGUAGAAGAAGUUACGAUAGUGCAUCAACAGGUCUUGGUCCAGAAAUAUUUUCAUUUACUGAUCAAUCUUCUGCAAUCGCGAUUACUCAAUCUCAUAAAAUGUAUCUUCUUCGACCAGAAACGGUGGAAUCAUAUUUCUAUUUAUGGAGAUUUACUAAAGAUCCAAAGUAUCGUGCUUGGGCAUGGGAUGUAGUUCAGGCUAUUGAAAAAUAUGCUCGUACAAAUGCUGGCUAUUCUGGUUUACAUGACGUUUACUCUACUAACUCUACUUUAGAUGAUGUUCAACAGUCGUAUUUCUUAGCAGAAACACUGAAAUACCUUUAUUUAAUAUUUUCGGAAGAUACUUUAUUACCGCUUGAUAGAUGGGUGUUCAAUUCUGAAGCGCAUCCAUUACCUAUUCAAAAUAAGGUCAAACUAACACCUGGCUAAUCAUUCGAUAUCAUAUUUUUGAUGUUGAUGAUAAUAAUAUCUCCAAUGUCCAGAGUUUUGUUUUGUGCAAAAUCUGUAUUGUCUCUCAUCCUUUCUGAGUUGUUUUACUUCCGUUUGUUCUCUUCGUAGAUUCUUUAAAUAGGUGCUCUGUUUUCUUUCUAUCACUGUUUAAACGCUGCUUGUGUGCAAUUACAGAAAGGAAGAAGGGAAAGAAGAAAAGUGUAUAUAUACAUAUAUAUUCCCUAUAACAAUGAUCAGGUGUGUAUAGAACCUUUUUUUCUUGUCGUUUAUUUCACAGAUAAGAUUAAUGUAUGCAAUUGAAUGGGACUAGCUAUUUCACAACUUUACACGUAACAUUGUGUUUGCCAGAUGAAAACAAAGUAAUUCCUCGCGAACCUCUUUCAUCUCUCGUCACAUUUUUCUUUAAAGUUGUCUUUUCAACUAUAUCUGUUUUUUUUCCUUUUUGUAUUUACAUUGUAUCUCUUUUUCAGUCAGACUGUGAUAAUUUUUCUAUUUAAUGUCUUAUGGAAAUUAGAUUAUAGAUAACUUUUUUUAAUCCAAGGCUUCGUGUUCAAUAUUCUUGUUCCUUUCCUUGAUUCUUUCCUGAUGUUAUUCUGUCAUCCAGUUUACUUUUAACCUUUUCACACUUUUCAAUAGAUUUCUUUUUUUUCUAACAGCAAUAUCUAUUUUCUUCCACUUUCAGGUGAAUGAAUCUCUUCUGCCUAUAAAUAACACAUUUAUUUAUAUUUUAUAUCUAUGCUUUUCUGUUUCGUGUAAAUCGUUAAAGAUUUUUAUUUGUUUGAUUGACAAACAUUGUCAUUCGUACGUUUUAUUAAUGAAACUAUUAUGCCUUGUUUAAUGCCACGCAUUUGACAACAACAUUAUAGUCCGUAACCAGUACCAUUAACAUGGUUCAAUGGGCCUAAUGUAGUAUCAUACAUGUUCAACUAACCUAUUCAACAAGCGAAGUUUCACCAUAUAUAUAGUAGACACAGAAUAGAAAACAAUUAAAAUUAGAAUUGUGAUUAGUGACUUGCCACAUGAUAUUAGUCCGUGAUUUCAAGACAUUUGACUUUCUGUUUGGUCAACUUUUAAAGUAUUUGAUAGUAUUAUUUUCUAGUCAUCAUACAAUCAAUUCAUCAUAGUAUUUGUGUUCGUACUAUUAUUUUAGAAAGAUAUGUAAUUUAUUUUAUUGACCUUUAGAAUUUAUAUCUCAUAAAAACCGUCUCUCAGUAACGAAAAUAAUUCAGAUAAUGCUGAAACACUAUAUGCAUCCAUAAUUAGUAUUACUGGUUAAUUAGUCAAAAUAAAUAUUGAAGCUAAAAAAAAUUCUGUACCAUAAGAAUGCGUUUGGACCACAUUGAUAUAAGUUUUUAUCAAUAUAAUAUUUCUUAAGACAAUAGUUAUAUAAUUAAACUAAUUUAUUGAGUUUUUGAAGAAAAAUCUAUUUGUUCUUACUCUCUGCUUACUUCAGUUAGCCUUAUUUGAUGUCUAGCCUAUAGAUACAUAUAUUAAUAUACUAUAAUUCAUAUUGUAAAAACAGCAUGAUGAAAUACUUUCUUCAUUUAAAUGCUGUUUGUUUGUCUUCAGUUUGACGAAGUAAUUUUGACAUCUGAGAUGUAUUAAAGAUCAUUACAUGUUGAUUAUUUACGAGAAUAAUGUGGGCAUCAAAUAUAUCAAACUAAAUUUGCGAG